UGGAUGCACGCAGGCCGACGAGUGAGUUUAUGGGUAAUAUUUCCCAAGAUUCUUUGGUCGAUUCGUACGAAAAUAAAAAACAAUCAGUCCCAGAGUAUGAAUUUUUGAAUUACCUAGAGUACGCGACAUUCAAUCUCAUAGAGAUAGUGACACCGGUGAUUUUUCCUGGAGGCGGUGAAUAUGUCGUUAGAAGAUGCAGAAACUCAGGAAAAUUCUCUGGAAAAUGAAGACAAUUUUACACUUCUCGAAGAGUUGACUGAUGAUCACGAAGCGCUCCCAGUUGUAAUCAACGAGGAAGACGGAACCGCUCUCCAAGGAGUAAUCCUCCAGGACCACGAGUUACUAGGAGCCACAAUAACUGCAGUCACAUUCCCUGAUGGCACUCAAGCAUUCGUGACAGAUCAUGGUGCCAGCCCAGACCUAGAUUACAAAGAAGACGAGGACGUCCCCCGUUCCAUAGUAAUUCGGGACGUAGCAGGUCUCGAGGGGAGGGUAGUUCACCUGGAGGUCGACCCAGUGGUCCUGCACUCGGAGCCCAGCACUUCAAACUCCUCAGACACAACCUACGCUCAAAUCCAGAUAAUAAACGGCAGUGCCUACAUGGUGACGAGUAGACUGGACUCAGACACUCCGAAAACAAAGAAGAAGGACGCAAAGGGCUUCUCGCCAGAUCUAGAACAGAAAAUCAGGUACGCGUGUCCUCGGGAGGGCUGCGGCAAAAUCUACACGACUCCUCAUCAUUUGAAAGUUCACGAGAGGUCGCACACAGGACUGAGACCGUAUGAAUGCGGAUUUCCCAGAUGCAGCAAGAGUUUUUCAACUGGAUACAGCUUAAAAGCCCACCAGAGGACCCACACAGGGGAGAAACCCUACAAAUGCACAGCCACAGCCUGCGAGAAGAGUUUCAAAACCUCAGGGGACCUCCUAAAACACAUGAGAACUCACACAGGGGAGAGGCCCUUUCCCUGUCCAUUCGAGGGCUGCGACAGGGCCUUCACCACCAGCAACAUCAGGAAAGUUCACAUCAGGACGCACACAGGAGAGCGUCCCUAUACCUGCGAAGUCUGUGAGAAGUCCUUCGCAAGUGCAACGAAUUACAAAAACCACAUGAGGAUCCACUCGCGGGAGAAGCCCUACACCUGUAUGGUGGAGAACUGUGGAAAGUCUUUCACCGAGUAUUCUAGUCUCUAUAAACAUCGGCUGGUGCAUACACCGGCUAAACCGUUCGAGUGUCAGCUGUGCCACAAGAGUUACAGGCAGCAUGGGACACUUGUCAUACAUAAGAGGACGACUCAUGCUUUGGUCGACAGUGAUGAAGGGGGCGAUGUAUAUUUUGAUGGCGUCGAGGUGGGGCAGGGCAAGGUGAAGAGAAAAAAGAGUAGACAAAAUAGAAUUAUGAUGAGUAAAGCAGCACAAAUAGAAACAUCAGAAGCCACAGAGGAAUCAUCUGACAAUGAAACACAAAUUUUACUAGUUGGAGAUCCGAAACAACUUAUUGCACUUCAGCAAAUGGGCAUGGAAGAGACAUUCGACGAUCCCACGAUGGACACAACGCUGGAAGGACUGAACAUAAAAAUUGAGGGAAUGGAAUUCGGCUGGAAUUGAUUAUGCCUAGAAGACAAAUAAUUUUGUUAUAAGUAGAUAGCACAAUGGAAAUACCGAGAUAAGAUAUUUUAUCGUAUGACAUAAUAAACUAAAAAUGA